GAAAGCCAGCUUCGUUAUCUCGAGAGUGGGAGAUACGGUGUGCGCUAUGAUUCUCCAUGCAAUGCCUCAUUCAUUACGUGCUGCUGGUCCCUCGUAACGCGGACGUCGCUAAAUAGAAGGCCGUGCGAUAUUAUUUUCCCUUUCGCCAUGGCCGACCCAGAUUCCGGGGGGAAGCCGACUCGCCAUCCGCAGCAGCGGAGCGUCGACUUCAUAAGGCGGGAAUUGAUACCGGAGAUGGUCCACGAUCGUUGUUUCUGCGAGCCCGGCUCCAGGGAAUUCGUCGAGUUCGAUUCCGCCGACGUGGAGCCUCUCGAUGUGGACGGCUGUAGCACGUCGAGCACGUCCUGCGAGCUAUAUCGCGUGAUGGCGCGCGUGAAAUUCUCCGGCGAGACGCGCAGCUUCCCUCUCAUUGUCAAGCUGCCGAAAAAUUCUGCCGACUGUCCGCUGCCCGCCGCCGCCGCCGCCGCCGCCGGCUCGUUCCAGAACGAGGAGAUGUUUUACAGCAAGAUGACGCUCGAGUACGGCACGGAUAGCGUCCCCAAGUGUUACCUGUCCGACUUGGGUCGAUACGGCCAGCCGGUCAUAGUGUUGGAGGACCUCGGCGCGCGGGGUUACGUGCGAGUGCAUCGUAAAUUGGACGAGGAUCAUCUGAAAUUGUGCGUGAAAGCUCUGGCGACGUUCCACGGCAGGGGAUUGAGAUUGAGGGCUGAGAAGUUGGCCGUUUUCCGAGAGUUCUACGCGAAACUGUCGGACACGUGCUUCGAUGACGAUUCCGUCGAGCGUUGUCGGCGAAACUGCGCCAGGGUGCUGGACGUCUUGAAACUGUUGGCCGAGCCAGCGCUCGUGGAAAAAAUCCGAGGGAAACUCAGCGAGAGCCCGCUGGACGUAAUGGAAAGUCUGGCCAGGGAGAUCAACGACGUGUCGACCGUCUGCCACGGUCGUUUCUCGCGGGAUAACGUGUUGUUCAGAUACGAGAGCGGGAGGCCGAGCGACGUAAAGGUGAUCGAUUGGCAAACAAUGAGGUACUGCUCGCCGGCGAUCGACCUGGGCCUCGUUCUCCUCGCCAAUCUGCCUGACGCUGAAGUAGCAGAAGUCGGGCCAUUCUGCCGGGAUAUCAUGCGGCUAUAUUUAGACGCCGUGAUGCGCGAGUACCCGCUGAUGGACCGCGACCUUCUCGAACGAGACGUUAUCGCCAAGUUGCUGUUUGCAUACGUCGUCUUGUGUACCGACGAAACUAUCGCGGACGUCGAACUGCUGGCGAUGUUGCGUGCUCUCGAUGAACUGACUACCUUCGAUUGAAACGGCUCCUUUGUACCUUGUACCGGACACAGGCAUCUACCGUCUCAUCCCUUUUUCUACUCGAAUUCUCUAUACUCGAAUACUCUUGGAAUAAAUGAUCGUGUCAAGGAACACGUUUGAGACUCUCGCGACUUUUAUCUCAACGUCCGCGCGAGAAGGAGCAUCAUUGUUUGGACGAUUGGACAAGGAGUACGGACUAACCGCUUCGUAACGGACGUUAUUAGUAUUGUUCUCUCGAGCGUAAUGGCAUAAAUUAACAAGUCGCAGUAUAUACGACGUUAUAAAAGCUGCUUCGUUUCCCUCUCUCUCUCUCUCUCUCUCUCUCUCUCUCUCUUCGUCUCGGUGUUUCCCUUCGAAUAGCUCAUUACAUUUAUACUGUCGAGAUUGGUUCGUUUCGUUUUUCUUCUCUCAAGAGGGGCACAUGUACCGCGCGCGCGCGCGCGCGCUACAGCCGCUGCGAUAUAUAGCGUCGCUGAUGCACGAUGAAAUGCAGUAUGGCUCUGCUUGGAAAUGUAACUCCAUAUUGUUGCUUCGGAUUACGUUGCUCUCGACGCUGAUUACCUAGUUUUAUAUUUUGAGAUUUAUAUUCGCCGUUCAUUCGCCCCUCGGGCUUGUAUGUAUAAUUUGCAUUAUGAAUUUCUCAAAAUCUCUGUUAGGAUAAUUGCGAGAUAUGGAAUAAAUGGUUACGUAAAGAAACACGUCGAAAGAGGGAAAGGGAAGUCGGAA